AUGAAGGGAAAUUUCAAGAAACAAGAAAAUAAGAGGUCUAGUGUCAACUUCUCUAAGGGAAAUAGUAAUAAUUCUUCUGGGUCAUCUACUUUUUUUGAAUCUGCUGAAACUUCGAGACAAUUCAAUGACAGAUUAGAAUACCUUUUAGCGAAUUCUAUUGGUAAGGUGAUUGUGGCUACGGUUAAUUCCGGUGUACAAUAUCAGGGUAUCCUCAAUGCAUGCAAUUUAGAAUCAACUAGUGGUAUUGACCUAGUUUUGGGAAAUCCUGUCAAGAUACCCGCUCAAUCCGGUGCGGAAGAUGGAUUAAAAGCUGAAUUAGAAAACACUCUCUUGAUACGCGGGGAUGAUGUUGCUGAAAUUGAACUAAAGGAGAUUGAUUUAUCGUUGGAUGAAACAAUUACUAGCCAGAAUAAAAGUACUGAACCAGAAGCAGUUUCUCUUCCAACUCCUGCUCCUGAAAGCAGUACUGAAGAAAAAGAGAUCACCCCCUCCGCUUUUAAAACAGACGUCGAUAUUUCGGGCGCUAGUAAGACAAUUAAGGAACGUGAGUUGCAAAGAUGGAUGCCUGAAACAACAUCUGAUAUUGGAACUGCUCAGAAUCAAACUUUAGAGGAAUCCUCCUCAACGUGGGAUCAAUUUGCUGUUAAUGAGGAGAAAUUUGGUGUGAAAUCAACUUUUGAUGAGCAUUUCUACACAACGAAAAUUAAUAGAGAAGAUCCGAACUAUGCAAGAAAAGUCAAGGAAGCUGAAAGACUAGCUAAAGAAAUCGAACAACAGGGUUCUUCGGGAAAUAUUCAUCUUGCUGAAGAUAGAGGUAUAAUAAUUGAUGGCUCAGGAAUGGAUGAAGAAGACUUAUAUUCAGGUGUUGACAGGAGGGGUGAUGAAUUACUAGCCUCUCUUAAGAGUAAUGCUAAACCAAGUAGCCCAAUGAAGGCUAACAAAUAUGUUCCUCCUGCUUUGAGAAACCAACCGCAUCACAUGGAUCCUGCGAUUAUAUCAUCAAGUGCUGCUAAGAAUAUGCCAGCGUCAACAGGUGCUGGCAUUAGAGGUUCAGCACAGGCUAAAAUCGUAAAUAAGGAAGAAUUGAAAAAGUCCGAGCCUUUGGAGCGUAGUGAAGAAGUGAAGGAAUCCGUGGACAGUAAGCAAUCCGAAGAUGUUACAGACGAUAAAGAGGGUGUUAAGCCAGAACUUUCUGCUAAAGAAGCUCAAAUUGAAGAAUUGAAAAAGUUCUCUCAAAAAUUCAAAGUUCCUUACGAUGUUCCAAGUGAUAUGAAAAAUGUAUUAAAGAAGCCACAACAACAAUCAUCUUCAGUUAAUCAAAAGCCAAAGCCUUCUUCAAAGAACGUUAAAACAACUUCAUCCCCAUCUGCAAUGCAAGCUAAAAUAGAUACCAAAAGAGGUAGUAGUAGUUCUCAAAGUGGCCAUACCCCAGUUCACUCGCCACAAACGAGUAGAGCUAGCGCUUACUCGAGAAGACGUACACCUGGUUCAUUCUUUGGCUCUAAGAAGCCCCAAUCAGGUGUUAACAAGAAAGAACUUUUUGUUAAGAAGUUUAAUUUCUUCUUAUCAUCUAAGGAAGCACAUGAAGAAAAACAAAUGGAACCAUUCCUAAUCGAAAAACCAUAUUUUGCAACACCAACGUGGACAGGCACAGUUGAAGAGUCCUAUAAGACUCUGUUUCCCGACGCAAGAACAGCUAUUCAACAGGCUCAAGAAAGGUUACAUCAACGUCAAAUGCAUGCCAUGGGAGUAGGCAAUCCGAUAUUUGGGGCAGGUGCACCAGGUGUUCCAGGUAUGAACGUUGGAAUUUCUGCUGGCGGAAUGGGGAUGAUGGGACUUCCGAUGGGUCCAGGCGGUGCAGCUGCAGGUCCAAAUCCAAUGGUAAAUAGCUUCGGUAACGUUUAUAUGCCCUUCCAACCGCAGCCUAUGUUCUAUCCAGGUAUGGCGCCAAUGAUGCCAAUGAUGACUGAUGAAAAUAAUACCAAUGUCUCUCCACAAGCUGCUUCUCCUGAUCUUCCACCUGCUUAUAUUAAUGCAGGUGCCCCACCUUUUGGCUAUCCAGGCGCUAUUCCGCCAUUUCAGGGUAUGAUGAAUAAUAACAUGCCAGGGGCUAGCGGAUAUAAACAGAGUUACCAUGGAGGCCAUAACAGUAGUCAUCAUCACAGCCAUCGUCAACACGGACACAGAAAUAACAAUUCAAGUAACCGUAACCAAUAA